CGCCGCCGCCGCGUGGAGAUUUCCUCCGGGCUCGGCUCAGGAUGCAACCCAACGCCGCUUGGAGGCGUCCGCGGAGCUCGCGGCGCUGAGUUCGAGUCGGGGUCAGGUCGAGCGCGCCCCCGGCUACCUUCCGGGGGAGUCCGCGUGCCUGUUCGCCGCGGGGACUCAUCGCGGGAGCCUCGACCCGGCGCCGUACGGCGAGACACGGCGACGUCGAGGCCCCAUUGAGGAGUCGAACGGAGCCGCCCUGGGCGAGGGGUUCGCGCUCGAAGGGGUCGACGCGUCGAGAGGAGGGGUGGGCGAGCUGAGAGGAGGAGUGGGCACGAUGAGAGCUGUGGACGAGCUGAGAGGAGGGGUGGACACCGCGGCCUUUGCGUGGAUGAGAAGCACCAAGUCGCGAGCUCACCUGUGGAAGGCGGGGUGGCCAGGCUUCUCUGUGCGCAUGCUGGACGUGGACGAGAAUAAGCGCACGCGCACCGCCUACACUCGGGCACAGCUGCUCGAGCUGGAGAAGGAGUUCCGCUUCAGCCGGUACAUCCCGCGCGCGCGCCGCGUGGAGCUGGCGUGCGCGCUGGGCCUCACGGAGCGCCACGUCAAGAUCUGGUUCCAGAACAGGCGAAUGAAGUGGAAGAAGGAGGAAUCCUCUUCCAGCAGCUUCGGCUGAGGCGGCGCGUGGCGCGGCCCCCGACACGCCACGCCGAUGCGUUACGUGGGGCCACGCGAAAGAACCAAAGAGCAUGGAUUCCUGCAGUCACGAAAGCUUCAAAUCAAGAUUGAACUUAGAUGGAGCAGCUACGAAGCGUGUGGAGGGUGGAAUACAACCUUACGUUGUGAGUAACUUGAAGCCCCGCAAAAAAACAUAAAAUGUGUUUCGCUCGGAAUGGGACAUCAGAUUUUAAAUUAAUAAAAAAAGACCCCAACUUUAAUGUC